GAGACCAGCAAGUGCCAGACAUCUGCCAAGUCAUCGUGCCAAAAACUUUUCACGCACAGACGAAUGCGUCCAAGGCAUCGAAAGUCAAGAAUUGUGUCUCGAGAAGUAAUACAUUACAAAAGCAGAUAUUAUUAGGGACCCCAUAAACGUUUCCAUUGUGCACGUCCAGAGCAGGUCUGAAAUUGUCAGUGGAAUAAACCCAAAGGCACUGGAAAGGUUCGGGUGGUGAGGAUGGACCGAGCCCCAAGCUCCAGCCCGAGUGGCACUAGUCAAACAUCACAACCUACCCAACAUGAGCCCAUCAGCUUCGGCAUUGAUCAGAUUCUCAGCAAUACCGACCAAGAGUCACAACAGAACUCGACGAGGAAUAAUUCCGAGACCAGCAGUUCGAGCGGAGGCAGUUACCAUCUCGGCAGUCCAACAGGAGCCAGCGCAACGCCUUACACGACACUAACCGGAACAUUUCACGGUAUCGCGGCUCCAUAUGAGGAGUCUAGUCCGUACGGAGUGAACUUGACCCUUGCACCCGGAGGAGUGAUUAGGGUCCCGGCUCACAGGCCCCUGGCCGCGGCCGUGCCUCCACCCAUGGCCAGCGCGGUACCCGGACUUGGGAGCCUCAGUUUUCCCUGGAUGGACAACAGCCAACGCUUUGCAAAAGACAGAUUUGCAGCAGCACUGACGCCUUUCACUGUGGCUCGGCGUAUUGGUCAUCCGUACCAGAACCGCACUCCACCUAAGAGAAAGAAGCCCCGCACGUCCUUCUCCCGAGUGCAGAUCUGUGAGCUGGAGAAACGCUUCCACAGACAAAAAUACCUGGCCAGUGCUGAACGAGCCGCCCUGGCCAAAACUCUGAAGAUGACAGAUGCCCAAGUCAAAACCUGGUUUCAGAACCGCAGGACCAAGUGGAGACGGCAGACAGCAGAGGAAAGGGAGGCAGAGCGUCAGCAGGCCAAUCGGCUGAUGAUCCAACUCCAGCACGAUGUUUUCCAGAAGUCAUUGUCCGACUCAGUUCCAUCUGACCCACUCUGCAUCCACAACUCCUCACUGUUCGCCCUGCAGAAUCUACAGCCUUGGGCCAGCGAUGAGAGUGGCAAGCUUGGGGGAGUGACAGCACUUGUAUGAGUAUCAGAAUUCAAGAAGAAACAUUCUUGUUCUUUUUUGAAGGGCAAGGAUGUUGAUUGAACUUAUCUCCGUCCAACUGAGAAUUUUUCAUUCCACAGACAAGUAAUGAACUAAUUUUGCAUUACUUUGAGCAAACUCGUAUAAAUAAAAGACAUCUGCAUUUUAGGAGUCUCUGCAGAAUAAAUGAUGGCCGUGUGUAUGCACGCAUAGAGGCUUUUUCCAAUCAGGGUGAGUUUCAACAAGUCAGUGAUCUAUAGAAAGGAACAGGCCAUCUCAGCUGACCCUCAAGCUCUCUACUAUACUGACUGACUACAGCAUUACAGAUCCACUGUUGUUCUCCAUCAUCCUUCCAUUUGCCCUUCUGCACCUCUGUCUCGUUCCUCCACCACUCAGAGCCAUAGAAUAGAGGAUUAAUGCAGAAGAGGAAAGUAACAAGGAAUUAAUUAUUUAUAACGCGAGUUGCACAAACUAACAUGUUCCCGAUCUGGCCAUUUGAGAAAAUAUAAGGACGCAAACAUGCACAAUUAGGCACACACUCAUUAUCUGCCAUGUCAUAUGUCCCCCUCAUGCAGGCAUCUCUGCUUAUAUUGUCAACCUGGGUAAUACGAUAAUACUUUAUCAAUAAUUUAAUAAUUCUCAACAGUCUUUUUGAGGGCCAAGGGCUAAACUGCUACAUUUUUUCCACUAACCAUUUGGGGAAACUGCAUGAAACGUCCAGCUCGGGUGGUAGCAUUUUCCUUUAUCUAUUAGAUUUAUUCAGCAGUAACUACAAACACAGCUCAGAGGAGAAACUCUUACAUGCUUUGAUGGCUGAGUGUUGUGUGUUAGAGGGAAAGAUGAAGAGAACAAUUUGAGAUGAAAGAUUUCCACUGAAGAAAAAGUCGGUUGGACGCUCCUAUGAUGUUGGUGCGCUGUUGCAUCCCAAACUGUGUAUCAUACUUUGUAUUUGAUAAAUAUGUAAAUAGCAGACAAAAAGUAAUAAACAUUCUGUUUUGGCAUUAAC